UUAUCAGACUUCUCCUAGUUCUCUAACUAUGGAGCACCAACACAACCCACAGGAUAAACUGAACCCAUCCCUUGUUGCUAAGAGUCAGUUUUUACCUUUAAACAUUGCGUCUAUGAGAAAAUUAACCGAACAAAAAGAUAGAUCUGGAGUCGAGGCCUGGCGUAGGAGUCGGUUUAUUGGAGUACAGAAACAGAACACAGAGCAAAAACUUCAUCCAAGUAAUCAAAUUCAAACAUUUCAGAACAUUGAUCUUAGUGCUUGUAAUAAGACAGAGAAUACUAAACCCUGGAACUCCAGUAAUAUAGAGGAUACUAAACCUUUGAAAUCCAGUAAUACAGAGCAUACUAAGCCUUGGAACUCUUAUAAUACAGGGUAUACUGAACCUUUGAACUACUGUAAUACGGAAGAUACAAAAUCUUGGAACUCCAGUGAUACAGAGGAUACUAAACCCUGGAACUCAAGAAAUACAGAGGAUACUAAACCCUGGAACUCCUGUAAUACAGAGGAUUCUAAGCCAUGGAAUAUCGCUAAUACCGAUGGUAUUAAAGCCUGGAGCUCCAGUAAUACAAAGGAUACUAAACCUUGGAACUCUGGUGAUACGACUGAUACUAAGCCAAGGAACUCCACUAACACAGAGGCUAAUAAACCUACGAACUACGGUAAUACAGAGGAUACUAAGCCUAGGAACUCCGGUAUUACAGAGGAUACUAAACCUAGGAACUCUAGUAAUACAAAGGAUACUAAACCUGGGAACUCCGGUAAUAUAGAGGAUACUAAACCAAGGAACUCUAGUAAUACAGAGUAUACAAAAUUUUGGAACUCUAGUAAUACAGAGGCUACUAAACCUCGGAACUCCGGUAAUAUAGAGGAUACUAAACCAUGGAGCUUAAGUAAUACAGAAGAUACCAAACCCUGGAGGUAUAGUGAUACAGAAGAUACUAUAUCUUGGAACUCCAGCAAUACAGAGGAUACUAAACCUCGGAACUCCGGUAAUAAAGAGGAUGCUAAACCCUGGAAUUCCAGUAAUACAGAGGAUACUAAACCUUGGAACUCUGUUAAUACAGAGGAUACUAAAUCUUGGAACUCAGGUAAUACAGAGGAUGCUAAACCCUGGAACUCCAGAAAUACAGAGGAUACUAAACCAUGGAACUUCAGUAGUACAAAGGAUACUAAACUUUGGAACUCCGGUAAUACAGAGGAUACUAAAUCUUGGAUCUCCAAUAAUACAGAGGAUACUAAACCCUGGAGGUAUAGUGAUACAGAGGAUACUAGACUUUGGAACUCCGGUAAUACAGAAGAUACUAAAACCUGGAACUCAGGAAAUACAGAGGAUACUAAACCUUGGAACUCCGGUAAUAGAGUGGAUACUAAACCUUUUAAAUCUGGUAAUACAGAAGAUACAGAGCACUGGAGGUUUAGUUAUAUAGAGGCUACUAAACCCAGGAACUCUACUAAAACAGAGGAUUCUAAAUCAUGGAACUCUGGUAAUACAGAGGAUUCUAAAUCUCGGAACUCCGUUAAAACAGAGGAUACUAAACCUAGGAACUCUAGUAAUACAGAGGAUACUAAACUUUGGAACUCUGGUAAUACAGAGGAUACUGAACCUUGGAACUCUAGUAAUACAGAGGGUCCUAAACCUUGGAUCUCCGGUAAUACAGAGAAUACUGAACCUUGGAACUCUAGUAAUACAGAGGGUACUAAACCUUGGAUCUCCUGUAAUACAGAGAAUACUGAACCUUGGAACUCUAGUAAUGCAGAGGCUAAUAAAACUUGGAUCUCCGAUAAUACAGAGGCUAGUAAACCUUGGAUCUCCGAUAAUACAGAGGCUAAUAAACCUUGGAUCUUCGAUAAUACAGAGGCUAAUAAACCAUGGAUCUUCGAUAAUACAGAGGCUAAUAAACCUUGGAUCUCCGAUAAUACAGAGGCUAAUAAACCUUGGAUCUCCGAUAAUUCAGAAGAUAUUGAACCCUCCACUUCCAUCGAAGUAUAUUACGCAAAGAAUGAUUAUUCUAGAUUUAAUGACGAUGUGAAUUCUACUAGCUCUGGGUACAAUAAUGAAUCUCCGAGUCCUCCUGAUUUAAUUUACGUAAAAGAACCCCUCUGCAACCAACCUGGAAUAAAGGAUUUGUCUACAAUAGUUUUACCAGCUCAAGACACAUCUCUAGGUUCUGAAAGUGAUCUUUCGGUACAUCAUAGACCUUUUUCAAGGUUUCUUAGAGGAAGAAGAUCUCAAGAGAAGACGAAUCCCUUAUAUAGAUUAAGUGAAAUGUCGCUUGAACUGGAGAGGUAUUGUAGAACCCAGAAUCUUGUCCCUAUGAAGAAGAUGUCUCCUAUUUUCAGUAACCCUGAGUGUUUGACCGAUGCUGCUGUAGAGGAUCAGAAUUCUAUUGGUUGGAGUAAACCUCAAUGUAUAAACCAGAAACCUGAACAGGAACCAUUAAUAGAGAAGUGGAGUUUAGAUAUUUAGUUUUUCACUUCCAGUUUACGUUUCAAUAAACAUCAUCAUUUGGA